CUGUCAGGAAAAACCAUUAGGCCACAGUAACAAAGAAUAUUCCUAUUCUCACCGAUGUGAAACCACCGAGUGCACUAGUCACACGAUUUGCUCAGAUAUGUCGUCAUCUCAGCCUGAAUCUAUACCAUGCAUCAUCCCCGAGGAAGAUCCACGCUUCUCAGAUGAAGAGACUUCUCCAACGAGCGGACUGGGAAUCAGACAUCUGCAGUGCCUCAUGUGCUUUCUGGCCCUAGCCCUGAUGUUUACGAAUAAUAUCUGCAUGUCUAUAGCAAUCGUUGCAAUGGGAGAGGAAGAAAAAAACAAGAGUAAAUUGACUUCAGAUCACAUCGGCCUAAUUCUGAGUGCCCCAAUGUGGGGAUCACCAUUGGUUCAAGUGCCAGUGGGUCAUCUAGCAAGAAUCUGGAGUGCGAAGAGUCUUUUGUCCAUUGGUAUCUUGACAAAUGGAAUUUUUGGUCUUCUGUGUCCCAUUGUUUUUGACAGAGGUGGCUGGAUAUAUCUCUGCAUCUGCAGAGUUGUCAUGGGAAUGUGUCGGGGUUGUCUGAAGCCGUGCAUUCACACGUUGCUGGCAAGAUGGGUGCCACCAAACGAGCGUGGACGUUUAGCAACUGCCACAUACAUGGGUGUCUACUUCGGCACAAUAAUUGCGUAUCCAAUAUCGGGGAUUCUGAUUGGUGCAGCUGGAUGGAGAUGUCCUUUUUACGUCUUCGGUGCAAUCGCUGUUGUCUGGUCAAUGAUCUUCUUCUUGAUGGGGUCAGAUUCACCAGUCGAGUCUUCGGAUAAGACUUGCUGUAGCAUCAGUCAGAGUGAGAAGGAUUAUAUCCAGCGGGGCCUUGGGGUCUUUGAGGAAAGAGCUAACUACUCCCUGGAGAACUCAACACCGUGGCGUGCUAUUUUGACCAGCAGACCUUUCUGGGCUCUUCUCAUUGCGAAUUGCGGGUACAGCUGGGGAUUUUGGGUGCUACUUACUGAAAUACCGAUUUACAUGGCUGGAGUUCUUCGAUUCGACAUCAAAGAGAAUGGUGUAAAAUCAGCACUUCCUUAUGUGGCAUUAUUGCUCCUUACAUUUCCGGUGAGUUGGAUGUCCGAUUGGUGUGAGAAAAAAGGUGUGUCACGUGGAGUUGUCCGAAAGGUUUGCAAUACAAUUGGAUAUUGGGGACCAGCGGUUGCUCUCGUUGGCAUCUGCUUCGUAUCCCCUGAUGAUAGGACUGCACCAGUGGUACUUUUGGUUCUCGCUGUUGGAUUGAAUGCCGGAGGAGACUGUGGGUAUCAGAUUAAUCACAUGGAUCUCAGCCACAAAUAUGCUGGAGUCCUGGUCUCCAUUACAAACAGCGCUGCAUCGUUUGUGGCAUUAUUGGGACCUCUGAUUGUUUCCCAGAUCGUCACUGACACGACAAAUGCAUACCAGUGGAAGACUGUUUUCUACAUGACAGGAGGAAUUUAUUUCCUAUCGAAUUUGAUAUUCAUUUUGUUUGGAAGUGGUGAGCAUCAGACAUGGGACAAUAUUCAUCACGAGAGGCUAUAGAAAAAAAGAAAUUGUUAAUGUCUGAAGUGUUACAAA